GUGUGCAUUGUUCCUUUAGUGUCUCCUUUAUCCGCUGUAAUUGGAUCCUGGAGGGAGCCGGCGAGCAAAGGAGGGGCCGAGGGAGGCUGGGCGGGAUUGCAGGGGGAGGCAAAAGAGUCCCGAGGCUUCGGCCUCCCUCGCCUGUCAAGCCUUUGAUUUCAUUGUUCCGGGCUGAUGUCACUCCCAGUUGUCACAGACGCUUCUCCGGGUGACAAUGUGGGACUAGGAGGAGGCGCGGCAAGGACCCCCCUGGACAGACCCCGAAGAUUUGGCGCCUUCCGCUCCUGCUAGACCCUGGGUGUUGGUUUCCUUAGGAGCAGACCCAUGCAUUCCUACAUCAUGGCAUCACCAGACAGGAUGAGUGGCUCAGAUAAUGGACUAGACGAAGCAGAACUCAGCAUCACUCUCACCCUUCGAAUGCUUAUGCAUGGGAAGGAAGUUGGCAGUAUCAUAGGCAAGAAAGGAGAGACUGUGAAGAGGAUACGGGAACAAAGUACAGCCAGGAUCACAAUUUCAGAGGGAUCCUGUCCAGAACGGAUCACCACUAUCACAGGAUCCACUGAUGCAGUUUUUAGAGCUGUUUCCAUGAUUGCUUUCAAGCUGGAGGAGGAUCUGGGAACAGGAGCUGCCAAUGGAGGAACUGUCUCCAGGCCACCUGUCACACUGAGGCUGGUCAUUCCAGCCAGCCAAUGUGGCUCGCUCAUUGGCAAAGCAGGAGCCAAAAUCAAGGAGAUCCGAGAGACCACAGGAGCACAGGUCCAAGUGGCUGGAGACCUCCUCCCCAACUCCACCGAGAGGGCUGUGACAGUCUCUGGAGUACCAGAUGCCAUCAUCCAGUGCGUGCGACAGAUCUGCGCUGUCAUCUUGGAGUCUCCACCAAAAGGCGCCACUAUUCCCUACCACCCCAGCCUGUCCUUGGGAUCAGUUCUUCUUUCAGCCAAUCAGGGAUUCUCCAUGCAAGGACAGUACAGUGGUAUGUCUCAAGCAGAGGUGUCGAAGUUGCAGCAGCUUUCUGGGCAGCCUGUCUCAUUCGCUUCCUUGGGACAAUCUCCAUCAAUAGUAGCAGCCCUGGACACGAACGCUCAGAAUAGCUCUCAGGAGUUCCUGGUUCCUAACGAUCUCAUUGGCUGCAUCAUUGGCCGCCAGGGCAGCAAGAUCAGCGAGAUCCGGCAGAUGUCCGGAGCACACAUCAAGAUUGGGAACCAGACCGAGGGCUCUGCUGAGCGUCACGUGACCAUCACCGGCACCCCAGUCAGCAUCACUUUGGCUCAGUACCUCAUCACAGCCUGUUUAGAGACGGCCAAAUCUACCUCCCAGACGCCCCCCGUUGACCUCGGCAUGACUUUCUCCCAGCCCCUCACCCCUUCGCCAGCCCCAACGCUGACAGCAGUGGCCGCGCCUCCCCCAGCCUUGCUUGGUGCCCCCUAUGCCAUCUCCCUAUCCAACUUCAUUGGCCUGAAACCCGUCCCCUUCUUGACGCUGCCUUCCUCAGCCGCGGGGCACAAUGGCAGCCUUGCCACCUACACGACCAAGAUCUCGACAGCCAAUGCCAGCAAGAAGGCUGAGAGGCAGAAGUUCUCCCCAUACUGAAACAGGAAGGUGGGGCAGGGAGGGGAAACCUUAGGAGGACCCUCACACGCUUUGUUAGAUGGCAUCAGCGUCGGGCCGCUCCAAAGCGAGACUACCUGGGGAAAGAGGUGAGGGGGGGAGCCAAAUGUGCAGGAAAGGAAGUGUUUGUGGGAGAGGAUAACCGAGACAGCUCUUGCAAGCAGUGCUGGCCAUGAGACAGUCAGGGAAGUGGUGCUUCUGCAGAGCUCCCACCCGAUCCUGGCUAAAGAUAUGUCUAUCAUGGGUAAGAGCAAUCAAGCCUCAUAGUUUUGCUUCCGUGGAACAAAUCUCUGCCCCACACUAUAAGGUGGUGUUAUCCUUUACCUUCCAUAAACCUUCCUGAUCGCUUUCAGCAAUGAAGAUGAAGAGGUUCUCUCUCCAUCUGGUUUCUUGACAUGUUUUCUUUUUUAAGGAAAACAUGUUACUUAAAGACAAUUGGAACCCCACUCAAAUUCUUUGUACUGUAUUGAUAGAGCUGGAGGUCUUGGGAAAGGUCCCAUCUCGACUGUGGCACUGGCUAGAGCUUGUUAGACCUUUGGUGAUCCUAACAGAGAACAUGCUAUGCUACUCUCUCUCAUGGGUUGCAUUUCCAAGAGCAGAACUGGAAAAGGGUUCUGAUUUCUAUAGAACUGGAAGCUGUGCAUGUCCUAGAAAUCACAGAAUGUACCAAAAAGGAUAUUCUUCAGUGUUUUUUUGUUUUUGUUUUUUGCCUAGCACUUCUCUCCUAAUAUAUGACGCUGGCUGUGAGUUCCAUUUUAGCUGGAUUAGAAUACAGGAUGGGGUUUUCAUGACUGUUCAGCUUGGGCCCCGACCUCCUGCAAGUGGUUGAAGGGAAUUAGUUUUCACCAGACAUCCCUCUAAUAUUUAGCAUGAACUGGCACAGCGUAUGCAAGAAUUUGCUGGAUCAGACCAGAGCCCCAUCCACCCCAACAUUAUGUUCACCCAUUGGCCAACUCAGAUGCCCAUGGGAAGACCAGAGGCAUAUAGUUGUCUUCCCUCACUGAGAAACAGAGCAGUUCUUUAUAAAUAUUCCCUAUCUGUUACAAGGUAAGAGCUUCCAGCACUGGCAAUCCCAGCUGGUCACCUUAUCGUAUGUGGGCGACAUCUCCCCUCAUUUAACUUUAUGGCAGAAAUCCGUCCUCAUAUAUAUCUGGCAGGAUGUGCGAUAUCUUGCCAUGCCACUCAUCUUUGGGUUUAUCUCUUGCUGUCAUGGGAUGACAUCUCCAAUAAGUGCUUUCUAAUUUUGCUCUCAUCUCUUGCAGUGCAAUCCCAAGCAUAUUUGCUCCAGAAAUAAGCCCUUACCCCUUCCGUCACUCAUUAGUGGAUAUAGGACUGCAGCCUUAGUGAAUUCUGCCACAUUUUGUUCUCUUUGUUAUCAGUAUUGUAAGGGCACUUGUCUAGUCAGAACAUGCCCAUGAGAGUCAAGAGGUGGCGCCCUGAGACCUCAGGUUGAAGCAGAUGCCCACCUUGGUGAUUUCUGGUUAAAGUUACCAACAUGUAUGUCUGGCACUUACACUUGCGUCCUAAACAGACGGCCAUCACAACAGCAUAUAAUUCAUCCAAACCGCACCCCAAAAAAUUAUCCCCAUGGAUUAAAUGUACCAUAUAGCCAAGGAUUCCAUGGCUAAUUUCUUAGUUGGUUUGCACAUUGGCAUGGGUUCACCAAAUUGGGUCGGAUUGUUGGCUAAUUGACAGGUUGUCAAAAGACUGCACAAUUCACUGUCAACACUUUAUAAGGCAUUAAGUGGAAGGUGAUUGUUGAACAGACCUGGAGAAAACGGAUGAAACGAACACAGCAAAAACUCAACUUGGCUCUUGUAGCCAUGAAGUAGUUGGCUCAUGAUAAGCAAAGGUUAGUAGUCACAGGCCUGUGUGGAGGAAAUGCACACCAAAAACGAAACAUUGAAAUUCUGCAUGCGGCCGAUGCAAAUCCUGGAAAGCUCUUUUCUAUGACCAGCAUAAAUCAUACAAAUGUGCAUAUACUUCUCCUAUUUUUGUAUAAUGUUGUUUGCUAUUUGGCAAUAAAAUAAAUCCUCCUUUGGGAGGAAGGGCAGGGUAUAAAUGGUAUGAAUGAGUAAAUAAAUAAUACUGGAUUUGCUAAACAUGGCAAAAGCACGGAAGCCUCACCCAAACCCCACUGCCUGGGAAUUUUUUGCAGGAGGCUCAUCUCAGCCACUGAGAAGCACGUCUCUGCAGCAUAGCCAAUGCUUUCUCUGUGCUCCUUCAGGAAUCACAGGCUACACUCAGCCCUGAUUAUGUUGGGACUGGUUUACUGAACCAAAGCUGUCAGGGGAGGGAAAAAAGAAGCCAAACAGGCUGCAAAAAGGAGACAAUUGAGGUUGAUUUGGUGUAGUAGUAUCUUUACAAUCUCAAGAAGCAACAGGAUCUCAGAUUUGCCCUCAGUUACACAUUGAUUUGGUAGCAUAGAGUAGACUACCUACGCCUGUUUAAGCACUGAUUAAAUAGUUUCAGCAGAUUCAUGUAUUUAUUGCAGCCUUUCCUCAAGCUGGUGCCCUCUGGGUGCUUUGAACUACAGUUCCCAUCAUGGCUGGGGCUGACAGGAGUUCUGGCCAGAGGCAACCAAGCUGGGGAAUGCUCAUUGAAUGCGUCAAAUUCUCAGGUGGUGUAAUUCAGGUUUCCACAAAAACACAGGGGAAUGGAGCCAAAAUUUCCUAUUCCUACAAACCAAUCUAACCAGUUGUCCAUUUCGCCUUGUUCCCUGGCUGGUCCCAAUCUCUCUCACUUCCCUGCAUCACUCGCUGGCAAAAAAAAAGCUUCUAUCUCUUUUUAACCCUUUUUAUUUUUGGCUGCUCCAAGGAAUGCCCCACCUCCUAUCCCAUGAUCCUCUUUGGCUUGUCUUUGAAAAUGCUGUACAUAUAAUUCUAUAUUUUUUCCUCCUUUGUAACUUAUGAUUGAUUUAAUAAAAAUGCAAACUUUGUCAACUCAGA